GAAUCACCUGGCUCACUGCCCAUGUGGAGCGUACGUCACUACUGUAAAUUCAUCCCUGAUGCAUUCUUUGAUUGAAUACCAUAUUACCCCUUGUGUUUCUUGAGGUACGCUAGUCUAACACGCAUUUCCAAGGAAUAUAAAACCAAUAUGGCCUGGCUGCUCUUGCCAAAGUUCAAAUCCCAACCCACAAUAAUUUCUUAUACCUCUAGAAAUCAACCUCUCGGUUCGAAAAUCAGACCCGAAAUGGAGACAGUAAUGGAGGAUGAAGAGUAUAAUUAUAGAGAAGUUAGGCUGCCAUCCUUGAUCCCCAUAGUACCUGAGCCAGAGCUAGAGCGAGAGACAGGGGAGAGGAGGAGAGGCAGAGACAUAUUGAUAGCGGUGGAUCAUGGCCCCAACAGCAAGCACGCCUUCGAUUGGACUCUUAUCCACCUCUGCAGGCUUGCUGACACCAUCCACCUUGUCCACGCUGUUUCCAGUGUGAAAAACCAGCUUCUUUAUGACACCGCCCAAGGCCUCAUGGAGAAGCUCGCAGUCGAGGCUAUACAAGUUGGAAUGGUGAGGACAGUGGCUAGAAUUGUAGAAGGAGAUGCGGGUAAGGUAAUCUGCAAGGAAGCGGAGAGGGUAAAGCCAGCGGCUGUUGUGAUGGGCACUAGAGGGAGAAGCUUACUACAGAGUGUACUGCAGGGAAGCGUGAGCGAGUAUUGCUUCCACAACUGCAAAUCUGCUCCUGUUAUUAUUGUUCCGGGCAAAGAUGAGUCCUUGGUUUAAAGGAAUUAACAAAAUAAAGGAUGAGAAGCUGCGGUUUAAUGCUUUAUUGUAUUUGUAUCAGUGAUUUUGGUUUGUAGAUGAAUCUGUGGAUUUUUCGGUAAUGUUUUCAUUUAUAGCUAAAGGAAGUUUGUUAAUGGAGGCAGCCAGCGAGCAAAUGGUUUUUGGAUGUUAUGUGAGAAUAUGGAACAGAGUGACUUGGUAACUGAAGAGUUGGAAGAUUGGGGAUGAGACACUAGUCUCCCAGCUGUAACCCCCUUACUGCACUUUUAGAUUAGAUGGGCGGCCUGGCGUCCGUAUGACAUUCGAAAUUCAAUAAUUUCAAUUUGUGGAAAACAAAGUUGCCCCAAGCCAUUUUGUCAAAAAAAAGAAAAAGGGGUAGGCAUUUGCUUUUCUUCUUAAAGAUAAUUGAGGGGAGCAAGUAGGAUUGGAUAGAUAUUUCAUUAGUCAUACCAAAACCCAACAUGAAAAAUAAGUUGGGAACUCUACAAGUGUCUUUUGUUUUUUCUCUGUCAUCAUGCCUGUUUUCAGAUUAUGGGGUAAAGACAUACACUUGGGUGCUUCUACUGCAUCCAAACAUAUUUUCUCAUGUACAAUUGCAAAAAAGAGAGAGAGGGAAUCUUUGUAGAUUUUAGCUUCUUUAUUUCUUGGAAUUCCCAGUCUGUGAAGGUUUGUGAGAGGGAAAACAAAUUAUACUAAAAUAUUUAGGCCAAAAUAGCCUAUGAUGGUAA